CUCGCGGACCUCGGGGCGGAGCGCGGCCCGCGCGCUGGAGCCGGACGGCGGGCGCCGCCCACAGUGCUCCCGGGCCGGGCCGAGCGAGGCCAUGGGGCGGUUGCUGGCUCUGAGCUUGCUGGGGAUAGCGCUGGCGCUCCUGGGCGAGAGGCUCCUGGCGCUCAGGAAUCGACUGAAAGCCUCCAGAGAAGUAGAAUCUGUCGACCUUCCAAACUGCCACCUGAUUAAAGGAAUUGAAGCCGGCUCUGAAGAUAUUGACAUACUUCCCAGUGGUCUGGCUUUCUUUAGUGUGGGUCUGAAAUGUCCAGGUCUCCACAGUUUUGCACCAGAUAAGCCUGGAGGAAUACUAAUGAUGGAUCUAAAAGAAGAAAACCCAAGGGCACUGGAAUUAAGAAUCAGCCGUGGAUUUAAUUUGGCUUCAUUUAAUCCACAUGGUAUCAGCACUUUCAUAGACAGUGAUGACACAGUUUAUCUCUUUGUUGUAAACCAUCCGGAAUUCAAGAAUACAGUGGAAAUUUUUAAAUUUGAAGAGGAAGAAAAUUCUCUUUUGCAUCUAAAAACAAUCAAACAUGAGCUUCUUCCAAGGUACAUCUAUGUUGCUGAUAUACUGGCUCAUGAAAUUCAUGUUUUGGAAAAACAGCCUAAUAUGAACUUAACUCAAUUGAAGGUACUCGAGUUGGAUACACUGGUGGAUAAUAUAUCUAUCGAUCCUUCCUCCGGGGACAUCUUGGUAGGCUGUCAUCCUAAUGGCCAGAAGCUCUUCGUUUAUGACCCGAACAAUCCUCCCUCAUCAGAGGUUCUCCGCAUCCAGAAUAUUCUAUCUGAGAAGCCUACAGUGACUACAGUUUAUGCCAACAACGGAUCUAUUCUCCAGGGAAGUUCUGUGGCCUCUUUGUAUGACAGGAAGCUUCUUAUAGGCACUUUAUACCACAGAGCCCUGUACUGUGAACUCUAAACUGUCUUUUUGCUCUGCAAGCGUGCUAGCCUCUAUUAACAAUUAAUUUUCUAUGAAUUGUUAAUUCUGAGGGAAUUUAACCAGCAGCAUUGACCCAGAAAUGUAUGAUGUGUACAGUAAAUUUUAUUUCAGUAUGGAAAGUCACCCUUCUUCACAUAGCACUUUUAACAUAAAAGGAAAAUGAACAGUUUUUAAAAUGCCAGGUAAAGGUGAGAGAAGGAACACUGCUUUCAGUAAAGUAAAUUCACUUUACACAAAAUAAGUCUCAUGUCUGCCUUCCAACUGCCAGAGUGAAAAUUCCACUAAAACAGGGUAGAUUAUAUUUCCUUGAGUUACCUCAACUCCACUAGUGUGACCACUGUGACUCAGAACUACUGACAGAUGUUGUGAUGCUUUGGACUUACAUCUUUGUUUACUAUAAAGAGUUGGAGUUGUAUUAAAGACUAACUGAAAUCCAA